GUUUUCUCCAGUCAUUUCCGUCGUCGUCACCGCUGACGAGUGUUUCGCUUUGUGAGGAGAGCGUGGCAUCAGCCGAACGCGACAGCGCAGCUAAACACUCAGACGAGCGACAAGUUUCUACGCUUGUUCAGCAUCUCUUCCUCCUUCCGCAAAGCCGAGACAAAUCGUCUCCCCUCGAGCACUCGAGCCGCCGGAGUGGGAGCAAGAAGCUAGUGAAAUCGCACGAUGAGCUCGGACGUCGUCCACACCGGCGGGUGCCACUGCCGGCGCGUGCGGUGGCAGGUGGAGGCGCCGGCGAGCGUGGUGGCCUGGAUCUGCAACUGCUCCGACUGCUCCAUGCGGGGGAACACCCACUUCGUCGUGCCCGCCGACAAGUUCGCGCUCCAGCCCGGCGCCGACGACUCCCUCACCACCUACACCUUCGGCACCCACACGGCCAAGCACAAGUUCUGCAAGGUCUGCGGCAUCACCUCGUUCUACAUCCCGAGGUCCAACCCCGACGGUAUCGCCGUCACCGCGGCCUGCGUCGACCCGGGCACCCUGGCGCACGUCGAGUACAGGAAGGCCGACGGGAAGAACUGGGAGAAGUGGUUCGAGAAGAGCGACAUCUCCGAGUUCUCCAAGCCGGCCGCCGCCGCCGCCGAGUAGGACCUGAUCGGUGUUCAGUUCAGGAUUCAUUUCAGGUCAGUUGGUUGGUGGUCGCUGGCUGAAAAUUCCUCUCCUUGUUAAUGAAAACCAUGUGGAAAUAAAUGAAUAAUCGAUGCGGAUGUGUAUUUGCGUUC